GAUUCUCGGGGCAUGUCUUGUAGUCCAUUUCAAUCGAUUGUAUAGUUGGAUUGUGUUUUAUUCCUCGAACGCGUUAUUAUAAUAAACGGACAGUCUAACCUAAAAGUCAGCUCCGAUUGUUUCACUUUGCUGUUCCCCACUUGUGAGAGAAUAGAUGUACGGAUAGUUGAUUUACGUUCUGAGAGAAUUGAAAGAAUUGAAGUGAGAACUUUUAUACAGAGACUGUGAGAGGGAAGGAAAACUAACACUUGUGAACUCAGUGAGUUCUGUGCGAGCCUACACUAUAGUGAUUUAUUAAUUGCCAAUCCCCUUAUAUAAAUUUCGUAACAGUAGUUACCAAAGCCAACGGAGUUUAAAUUAUUACUCUAGCCAGCAAUUGCCACGCCAACCAACUUUUUUGUUUGAAGUCCGAAAUACAUCACGCAAGAGGUCUUGGUAAUACAUAUCGAUUAUUGUUAACAUUUUAGCCAUGAAGAUCUUAAUUACCGGUGCAUCUGGUUUGUUGGGUCGUGCUCUUAUGAGUGAGUUUGAGGGGGAUACCUCGUUUGAUGUCCUGGGCUUGGCUUUCUCUCGUCCCAAGGGGACACUCCGAAAGGUUGACAUCAGAGACGAAGAUGGGGUGAGAAAGAUCAUGCAAGAAUUCCAGCCUGAUGCUGUGAUCCAUGCUGCUGCACAAAGAAGACCUGAUAUAGUCGAGAGGGAUGAAGAGGCUGCCAGGACAAUCAACUGCAGUGCAACAGAAAUAAUAGCCACAAUUAGCGCCGAGAUUGGUGCUUUCUUGAUCUUCAUCAGUACUACAUAUGUAUUUGACGGCACCAACCCCACAUAUAAACCUUCAGACCGUACCAAUCCAGUCAAUAUAUAUGGACGACAAAAACUAGAAGGAGAGAAAAUCUCGCAAACACAUAACCCAAAUUAUGCUGUCUUACGAGUACCCAUACUGUACGGCCAGAUCGAGACGAUAGAAGAGAGUGCUGUCACUACCCUUCUCAAUACCUUGGUGAACCAAGACAACGUUGACUUGGUGGAUGAUUGUUGCAUCCGAUGUCCAACCCAUGUUGAUGAUAUCGCUGUGGUCUGCAGACAAAUGUGUGAGAGGAGAACGACGGAUCCUGAGUCGGUCAGUGGUGUGUUCCAUUGGUGCGGAGCUGACUUCAUGACAAAAUACACAAUGAUAGUCACAAUAGCCAAUGCCUUCAACCUUCCUCAUGGUCACCUUAGAGCUAACCCAGUCCAACCAGCGGGUGAAACGCCACGCCCCAAGGAUUGCUCCAUGGAUCGAUCAAAGCUGGUCUCUCUGGGUAUUGGACAGACUACACCCUUCACCGAAGGGAUACAAAAAGUGAUGAAACCGUUCAUCUCAAAGAAUUAUUCCUAAUCGUAAAAAUCAAUGAAAUAUAUAUUUUUUUCGAUAAACUGGUACUCGGCUCAGGCUUACCAAUCAUGCAGAUAGCUACACUCGAAGAAAAACAAGUCAAAUGAUGUGCAUCUUCAAUAUUGCUAUUAGUUUUAUUAAUAUUAUGUAAGAUGCAGGGUUAAGUGUAAUUUUGCACCUGUUAUGUCGCACCUUUGAGGAGAGCACCUUUAAAGAUAUCUCUUUCAGAAAGGACUCGGAUAGGCAUGUAUCUUUCAAGCAAUUGAGUAAUUUUUGGGACUUUUGCUAACAUCAGUGUUGUGUGACCCUAUGUCGUCAGUGCACGCAAUUAUGUUUCAAGAGGACAGCCAUCAAUAUCAUUACAUGCUCUGCUGUAUAAAGUAUAAAAAUAUUUUUCAUCCGCUCCCUAGACUUAUUCUAAAACUUUAGCGGUUAAUAGGCCAUUGUGACACAAUUUGCAGACAAUUUUUAAGAUUGUUGUGUAUCAUAAUUUAAGAGUUCAAACCUUUUGGAACUGAAAAACAUCAAGGUUUACAAUGGGAUAGAUAGCCCUUAAGUAUAAAAUAAAUGACGGAUUUUUCUCUUGCCAUUUUCCAGUCGUACUUCAUACAGUUUUUUAUUUUCACAUUGCUGUGAAAAAAUCGUUCAGAAUCAUUUUUUCCAGUUCUUACUGUUAGAUCAAUUAUUUGUUUUUAAUUAUGAAAUAAUAUACUGCAGUUGCAAUGACAAUAAUGAAUAUCUAUGAGUAGUAAUGUUUACCAGGUUUAUGGUAAUCUGUCGUUUCAUUUGAUUAAAUUAAUUAUUGGACGAAUCUUGUGUUCAUCUUCUUUGAAUUUUGAACUCGAAAUUUUAUAAACCCGAUGCAAUAGGUUUUUUUCUUCCUGCAAGCAUUUGCACUGGAUGGAGACGACGACGAAGACAACAGUAAAAGGGUGGUGUCAGAGACGAGGCGGUCCACACUUAAAACCACCCCUUUGAAAGAAAGGAACCAUUGUGCCCCUCGUCAUACCCGUGAUGAUCCUAUGUUUAAGGAGCUGCCGAACCCUUGAGGAUGCUAAAUUCACUGGCCCAUGUUAUGAAAUCGAGUUUGGUCUUACUCUGCUAAAAUAAUUACAUGUUGGCUUUCCAUAGAUAAACCAGACUGUAUAGACCAGAGUUUGAAUGAAACUCAAAUUCAGAAUACGGACCAUUCUAUUUCAGAAAUCUGCGCAUGACUUCCAUGAAUCACUGCAGAUGCACUGCACUUUCCAGUUUUAAUGAACUAGAUGAGAUAGUCUUAUCAAAAUUUACAUAAAAAACAGCGCUUCUUGGUGAUAAUAAAGAAUCAUUACUUUCAAUAUUUAUCGAAGGCACCCAUUAUUACAGACUGUUAGGCCUACUUUCAAUAAUUUGUUCAUAAUAAUUCAAAGUAAAUAUCGAUUUCCAUAGUAUCUUUGCAAAUAGGGAUCAAGUUUUAGUUACACAUCAAUUAAUAAUGCUAUAUAUCCACUGAAUACAAUAAAAAGAGUAGAAUAUAUAAUUUAGGUAUGCUUCUUAAA